AUGACUAUGUUUAAAGACUUCGAAAGGGCUAACAAUACCCACUGUAAAGUUCCUAAUGUCUUCCCAUCGAUAUCGGCAUCUAUUGGAAAUUAUGAACCACAACUGACUAUUUGGAGAGCGGCUAUAUUUACACAUGCUCCAUUAAGGUUUACCUUAAUUUAUUUAAGAUGGAUAUAUUAUAGAAGCAUAAUUAGUAAAGAUUUUAUUGUUAUAGUAAAACUAGCAGUAUUUUUAAAUAUCAUUGAAAAUCUAGCAUUAUUAGGCCUGACACAUUGGACGUCAUCACUAAAUUAUCCAUACCAUGAAGCCUGCUUUAAAACGUUUAUUGGGACUUCCAUUUUCUAUAUGUUCUUCACAAGUCUGAUGUUGACGAAGUAUAGGAGGCGGCCUACUGUCUCUGAUUUGGAGACUUAUUCUGUAAAAUUAAAAUGGCGAGCCUUCUUUGUUAAUGUAGGCUCAUUUGCAUUUGCAGCUUAUUUCUUUCUCCGUCACAAUAGGCUAUGUGAACCAUAUGUAUAUUCAAUGUUUGCAUUUUCUGAGUAUGUCGUAGUCAUAAGCAAUAUACUAUUUCAUAUGACUACUAUAUAUGAUCUCAAAACACAAUAUAUUUAUUUUACAAGAAAGGGUAUAGUCAUUGAAUGA